AUGGAGAAGGGACCAUGUUUCAGAUGUCAAAGGCCAGGUCAUUUAGCGAAAAACUGUACUCAGCCGGUAAAAAUUCAAAAAAAUUCAGUAUAUCACGAAUCAGAAAUAAAGGAAGAUGAAUUUCUGUUUACAGAAAGAUCAGCGAAUAUUGAAAAGGAAAAAUUGUAUCGAAAGGAGUUUGUUGAUAUAUAUGUCGAUGGUAUAAAAAUACCGAAGGCCCUUGUCGAUGGAGAGGCAAAGAUUAGUUGUAUCCAUCCAAGGUUUAUCGAUUGGUCGAGAGUAAAUGUGCAAGGCAAGAUUUCUGUUUUGGGACUUCAAGGAAAAGCAAAUAUUAUAGAUGUAGUAGUGCAACCUAAAAUAGAAGAUGUAGUAAACUUGCUGAAGGAAAUAAAAAAUUGUUCAGUACUUUCAAAGGAAGACGUUUUAGACACAUCGAAUGCAAUAGGUUUAACCCUGCGAUGA